GCACCAGCCUAUUAUCGGCGGCGCGGACAGGGCGCGCGCUCUCGGGACCAGAAGCCGCGCGCUUUGCUGUAUGUGUUGUCGACUGUGAGACGAAACUUUUUAAUCUUUUUCUGAGGUAAAAACCGACUUUAACUUUAUUAAGCGAGUUGUAAAAUUCCUUUAGAAGGUGUAUCGACGUUUUUUGUGUGUUUGAGUUCGGCCUGGUGUGUUGGUUUAAUUAAAAAUUUCAGAGGAGUUUUUUUUUUUUUUUUUUUGGUCUGCUGCUUCCUCAGUAGCCGGUUGGUUCCUGCUACCUUUCUGUCUCUCCUUCCUUGUAUCGCUGUCUCUCUCCCUCUUUCUCUGGGUUUCCUUGCUGCAGUGACCUGCAGUCGCCUGCUCGCUUGUCUGUCUGUCUGUCUGUGUGUGUGUGUGUGAGCCAUGGCAGAUAUCAGCGACCUAGACAGACAGAUCGAGCAGCUCCGAAGGUGUGAAUUGAUCAAGGAGAACGAAGUGAAAGCCCUCUGUGCUAAAGCCAGAGAGAUCCUAGUUGAAGAAAGUAAUGUUCAGAGGGUUGACUCUCCAGUAACAGUAUGUGGGGAUAUCCAUGGACAGUUUUAUGACCUCAAAGAACUUUUCAGAGUCGGGGGUGAUGUUCCAGAAACAAAUUACCUCUUCAUGGGCGACUUUGUGGACCGAGGGUUCUACAGCGUCGAGACAUUCCUUCUGCUCCUCGCACUCAAGGUGCGCUAUCCCGACAGGAUCACCCUGAUCCGAGGGAACCACGAGUCGCGGCAGAUCACUCAGGUGUACGGAUUCUACGACGAGUGCCUGAGGAAGUAUGGCUCCGUGACGGUGUGGAGAUACUGCACCGAGAUCUUCGACUACCUCAGCCUCUCCGCCAUCAUCGACGGCAAGAUAUUCUGUGUACACGGAGGCCUCUCUCCAUCUAUUCAGACUCUAGACCAGAUCAGAACGAUAGACAGGAAACAGGAAGUGCCGCACGACGGGCCCAUGUGUGACCUGCUGUGGUCCGACCCGGAAGACACCACAGGCUGGGGGGUGAGCCCGCGGGGGGCCGGCUAUCUCUUCGGCAGCGAUGUCGUCGCUCAGUUCAACGCAGCCAACGACAUCGACAUGAUCUGCAGAGCCCACCAGCUGGUGAUGGAGGGCUACAAGUGGCACUUCAAUGAGACGGUGCUGACCGUGUGGUCCGCACCCAACUACUGCUACCGGUGUGGUAACGUGGCUGCGAUCCUGGAGCUGGACGAGCACCUGCAGAAAGAGUUCAUCAUCUUUGAGGCGGCGCCACAGGAGACCAGGGGCAUCCCCUCCAAGAAACCUGUCGCUGACUACUUCCUGUGAACCCCCCCCCCCCCCCUUUCCCCCCCCCCCCCCCGACUGCCUGCCUGUACACUUCCUUCAACAGACAGGAGCAAUUUUCUUUCUUAAUCCUCACACUCGAACUGCAAGUGUUUAAGUAAGGCUACAGAAACCACAACCCCCUGCCUGCUUGUCUCUCUCUGUACACAUACUUUGUCAGUAGCAAUUUCUCUCUCUCUCUCUCUCUCUCUCUCUCUCUCUCUCUCUCUCUCUUCACACUUGUUUUAAGUAAGGCUACAGAAACCACAACCCCCUGCCUGCCUCUGUGUCUACACACUUUCAGUCAGUAGCAACUCCCUCUCUUCUCUCUUCUCUCUCUCUCUCUCUCUGUCUCUGUCUCUCUCUCAAUAUCAUCAGGGAUGGAAACUAGACUCCUGUUGCAUAGCAGAGACUGGUCUGGUCUCUCAUUCAAAGUGUUUCACUGUCUUAUGCGUUGUACUGAACCAUUGUAUUCGAAUACAGUGCGUUAUAAAUUAUAAAGGUGACUAUACAGGGGUGGGAACAGGACUCUUAUUGCACAGCAGUGUUUCCUCCCAGCUUGAUCAGCCCCCAGUGUGUCUGGGUAACAAGCUCAGGUGUGUCUUUAUUGUUAAACUCGCAGUGAAACCAGGAAUGGAUCAAACUGCUAUGCAAAGAGAGUGAUGACCAGAAUUAUUAUUGCAGAAAUGGAAAUAAGACUCCUGUUGCAUAGCAAUGUAUAUAUAAAGUGUGUGUAAUUUCCAGUACUUGUGUUACAAAACGUGACUGUCUUUGAACCUGCACAAGCUGGGGACCCCCUUUUCGUGUUGGAGACCUCGAGGGGUAACAGCUGCAUUGUGGUUCUUGAAGAGGGAAGGAAGCGGGUGGGUGGGCUGCGGCUUAGAGGCUGUCGAUAUGCUGUUUUUAUUCAGAAUGUCUUUCCUUGUACCUGUGGUGUAAAAAAAAAAAAAAAAAAAAACAGGCUGUAAAAUUGAUACAAACCCUUCUCUUUUUAUAAUAAAUGAAUUACUUGCUGUA